AUGUGGAGCUUAGCCCUCAUAUGCCUGUUUAUAUACACCGCAUCUAGCUCCCCAAUAACAUUCACUCUUUUCGCGGGCUCGAAGGAGUGUUUUUACGUGCGGACCUCAGACACAAACAGUGUAAUAUCAUACUACUACGCAGUACAGCGAGGCGCAGACCAUCGAAUGGAUGUAAAUUACGAUAUUUUUACUCCAGAAAGCCCUCAAGUACCUGAGAUCAGUCGGCGAGGUGAACCUCAAGGCGAAUGGUCGUUUGCAGCUCCGCAUACAGGACAGUACGCUUUCUGUUUCUACAGCCAAGAAGCGGACAGGAUCGUGGACCUUGAUAUUGAGGUGGUAGCUCUCGAUAAAGAGCAGAAGUCUAAUUCAGGCUCAUCUGAGGCUUCUGCUGGGAAGUUCUUACUAUCUGAGGAGCUGGGCGAAACUCUCAACUUACUAGAACAACAGCUUACAAUAUUAGAAAAAAACGCAGACUACUACAGAGAACGCUCACGCCGCAAUCGAUUAACUCUUGAAGUAGUUAGUUUAAGGAUCAGACGAACUUCAAUCAUUGGCUUGCUCUUCGUGCUUGGUGUUAGUUUUGUGUCGCAGGCUCUUGCAAGCAGACUUCAGGCUACAAACCCUCGACAGCAUGCUGCUUAG